UGUCCUCCUGGCAGGGCAAGGGGCAACCACAGCUUGCGUGGCGGGUGACAGACGGUUCAAAACUCAGGCUCCAUCCUGAAAGGCAGGGAAGGCAACUGUGCACGUGAUGCUGUGUGGAGGGAAAGGAGGUUGGCUAGAAGAGGCAGAGGUUAAGAAUGCAGCCAAGGGAGCAGCAGGGGGAAUGCUAAAAUGUUUGUCCUGCACUCUGUAAAUAUAGCAGAUAUGCCCAGAUUUCAAACCCGGUUUAGCAACACUCAUAUACACACAGUUUCACGGACAGCUUCUUUCUUUCUGCGUCGCCUGCAGGGGCAGUAACGUUGAUGCUAAGCUGCAAACAGUGGGAGCCGUUCCAGUAUCAAUAAGGAUUUUGAUGAGGGAGCAAGUUUGUUUGCUUGGCUGCAAAGGCCUUGGAAUCCACCUUAUAGGGAGACAAGCAGCUGCUUGCACCGUUAGUUGGCGAUGACAGCGCUAAGCAUGUAAACGCGUGGGACGUUGCAGCUUUGCUUCCUCUCUGACAACAAACCAAGAACGUGUGCUGUGCUCAGGAGCGAGCACCUUCCAGCUUGGCCGGAGCAUCACUCGCGACUGGCACGAGAGGUUUGGGGCCGUCAGCUUGUCAGGAAAGAUCCUUCUAAAAGCCUGAGUGUCCAGCAUGAAUUCCCACCUUUGUUCUCGAGGCAACAGCACUAAGCGCCACCAAAGACUAAUACCUUUCUGUCGGCUUAGAAAAAAGCAUGACCUUGUCCCAAAGAACUUCACCACCACAAGCACGAAGCAGUAAAGGAAAGCAGUGGUGUUAUGGAGGGGAAGGGGCGAAAGUUGUGCCAAGAACAGCUCAGGGUUCCCUCUGCGUUCCUUGUACCAGCUACUUGUACAAGAUGUAGCAGUUCAGCACGGAGCUAGUCCUGUACAACAGAAGCCAGGUGAGAUAAAGGCAUACUUUAAGCUAAGUGUGAAAACGCCUUGCCUGAAGAGGGGGGAACUAGAGCUGUGUUAACCUGCAGCUGGAAGCCACGAAUGCUUUCCACGGAGGGGCAGAGCGUCUCGCUGGAACUUGAAGAGAUUAUUGCAGUAAAGAUACAUCGCACCCGACCGGAGCCUUUAUCAACAAGUUGCCAAGUGCUUGUCAGGGUGUGUAAUUACUGUUAUCACAGUGUAAUUAAAGGGAAAAUGAGCUGGAGAGACUGAAAUAUUUGAGUAGCACCUAACUUUUACAGUGCGUCGAAAAGAAAUUUUUCAGGGCUGUUGGUCAUAUGCAGUAGGAAUUUAAGUGAAGCAUGAAUGAACUAGUAUUUGGUGUAGCAGAAUAUCAGUUGUCCUAAUCUGCAGUGUCGUGACUCAGAAUCUCAUCUUCCAUUAAGACACAGUUAAACCCACUUUCUGUCUGGUAAAUCUAGAAAAUGUGAGCUGCCCAUUAGCGACACAGGUUUCCCCACCUCUGGUCUUGACCACCACUUCUGGGAGGCACAACAAACCCUGCCUGUCUCCAGGAGGUAUCGGCUCUUUGCUGCUGGUACAAACUGUCAAUGGUAAUCUAUCGCAUAACUUUUGAGAGUAACCAGCAAGACUGUCUGUGACCUGCCCCGUCUCCUGUCGUUAGAUAGGUGAUACGUGGAGCUGCUGUUUUGUUCUCCGACUUGCAAAGCUCCGCAGAACUCCCAGCCUGUUGAAACGGCGCCAGUGUGCUGCGGCGUCCAGUGAAACGAGCGGUGCCUCCUCUUAGGCACGGUCCAGAAGUACCCACCACCACAGCCUGCAAUUUCUUUUUUUUAAACUGGCUGCUUGUGCCUGAACCAAGAUCACACAGAAACAGCAGUGUCAUUUCUCCUUGUCAGCCACCCCAGCGAGUGAAUUCUCAUCAGUUCAAGUGAUAGCGAAUGCAGGUGCUUCUCUGCUUUUUCCAUGUAUGACCACAUCAUGUGAGCAGAAGGGGAAGCCUGGAGUGAGAUCCCUGCCUGCCCACGCCUGGACUUGACAUUGCUGGGGCCACAUCUUGCAAUAAGAGGAAGAGGAAAAGACGGUUCAUUCACCGUUGCUAAAAAUGGGAGGCAGCAUCUGUCCAGCAGACCAGGAAGGGAAGCUCCAGACCUUGCCUGUGGGGCAUCCCUGGGAGUGCCGCAGCCGGAGCGACACAGUCCUCUGUCAGUAAGGGCUGUUGGGACAGCAUGGCUCAGAGAGCCUGGGUCAGCAUGCUCUUCCACAACUGCAAGACCCAGCUCCUGCUGGUCAACUCCCUGACGUUUGGCCUGGAGGUCUGCCUGGCUGCAGGGAUAACCUACGUGCCUCCGCUGCUGCUGGAAGUUGGUGUGGAGGAGAAAUUCAUGACCAUGGUUUUGGGAAUAGGGCCUGUCCUUGGCUUGAUUUUUGUCCCGCUGAUCGGAUCCGCCAGCGACCACUGGCACAGCAGCUAUGGCCGAAGGCGACCUUUCAUCUGGAUGCUUUGCCUCGGAGUCCUGCUGAGCCUCUUCGUUAUCCCACAUGCCAGCAGCCUGGCCAGCCUGUUUGCCCUCAACACUCGCCCGCUGGAGAUUGCCUUCCUCAUCCUGGGCAUCGGGCUACUGGAUUUCUGCGGCCAGGUCUGCUUCACUCCGCUGGAGGCCCUGCUCUCAGACCUCUUCCAGGAGCCAGACAACUGCCGCCAGGCUUUCUCCUUGUACGCCUUCAUGAUCAGCUUGGGGGGCUGCAUUGGCUACCUGCUUCCAGCCAUUGACUGGGGCGGCAGCUUUCUGGCCCCGUACCUGGGAGGGCAGGAGACGUGCCUCUUCAGCCUCCUUGCCGUCAUUUUUCUCGGCUGUGUGCUGGCCACGCUCUUUGUGACAGAGGAGGCAGCCACCCAGGCAGAUGUUCUGGACGGCCCCGCGCUGAAGGAUGCUCCCCCUAAGCCCUCACCUCUUGCAUGCUGCUCUUGCCAGCUCUCCAGGAGCUCAUGUCUCCUGCAGGCCAGGCACAUGAUGCAGGCCUUGAGAAACCUCUGCACGCUGGUGCCACGGCUUCACAGCCUCUACUGCCGCAUCCCCAAGGUCAUCCGGCGCCUGUUCGUGGCCGAGCUCUGCAGCUGGAUGGCACUCAUGACUUUCAUGCUGUUCUACACAGACUUUGUUGGGGAAGGACUGUACCACGGCGUCCCCAGAGCCAAGCCAGGCACAGAUGCCAGACGCCACUACGAUGAAGGUGUCCGGAUGGGUAGUUUGGGCCUCUUCCUGCAAUGCGUCACAUCCAUCUUCUUUUCGACAAUCAUGGACCGGAUGGUGAAGCAGUUUGGGACGCGGGCGGUCUACCUGGCCAGUGUGGUGUUCUUCCCCGUGGCUGCCUUCGUCAUGUGCCUUUCCCACAGCGUCAUCGUUGUUACCAUCUCAGCUGCUCUGACGGGCUUCACCUUCUCUGCGCUCCAGAUCCUGCCAUACACACUAGCAUCACUGUAUCAUCAUGAGAAACAGGUAUUUUUGCAUAAAUACAAGAGCAAAGAGGAGGAAGACGCAGCUCGAUUGGACAAGAAAUCAGCCUUCUCUAAAGGCCACCUUUCCAGCCAGAAGCUGCCUUACCAGAAUGGACAUACUGGGAGCCUCUUCUCUUCUUCCCUUUCCUCCUCCUCUCCUCCAGCCGUCGGCUCGGCUCUGUGCGUCAGCUCCUCCUGCGAUGUCUCGCUCAUGAUGAUGGUGGGAGAAUCGGACUCGGUGGCUCCUGGCCGAGGGAUCUGCCUGGACCUGGCUAUUUUGGACAGUGCUUUCCUCCUCUCUCAGGUUGUCCCCUCCCUUCUCAUGGGGUCCAUCGUCCAGUUUACGCAGUCAGUGACUGCCUACAUGGUGUCAGCUGCCGGCUUUGGCCUGGUAGCCAUUUACUUUGCGACCAAAGUUGUCUUUGAUAAGAGUGACAUGGUGAAGUAUUCAGUGUGAUGUGGAAGGCACAAGGGCAGCAUGCGGGUGCCCGCACGUGGCAGAAUAAGAUGUGCGUGUGUUCACGUGGCCGCUUGCGGGAAGCCUCGUGCAGCACCUGCUCUCCCCAUGCUGUUGCCGUAGCCCUGGGGGGACAGUUCUGGGGCUGGGGGCAGGAGAGAUGCAACAGGGUUAAUCUCAGGUGUAAAUACGAGGCAUCGGGGCAUUGUGCUUCGGGCCAUCAGUGCUUUCCAAAGGUGCCUUUAUCGAAAGAAAGCACUGCACAGCCAGCACCAAAGGGGGUUAUACAGGGGAGAGGAAGGAAAUGGACUUUUCCUUUAAUAACGGGUUGUGUUUCUGAGCAGAAGCAGCAGUGGGACAGGGAGGGAAGGGAAGAAAUCAUUGGCUCACCUGUUUACCAGUUACAGCUGUAUCCUGUUCUCCUGCUUGCUGUAGUUUUACUCAACUUCUUGAGCAAUACUUCUGCAAAUAGGAUGCUGGGAGGAGAUUUCCUUGGAAAAAAAAAAAAAAAGAUGGGUGGCUAAGGUUUGGCCACGGAGCAGAGGGGGUGCACAUGUGUGCAUGCAGGCUUCCGCCCUUCCCCACCUCUGUUCUGACUGAGAGAAACCAUUUAGGAGAAAAGUUACUAUGUCUUGUUUUGGAAAAACAAGUAACGUUUCAUUAGGACCAAUUCCAAAAGGUGAUUUAUCUUUUACCUAUGUACCGAGUUGCAUCAGAAGGAAAGUACUUCUUAACGUUUGGGGUUUUUUAAUGUUUUUAAGGAUUGUUUUUAGCUUUCCUCCACAAUUCUCAGUAACUCUGACCUUUCAUGCCUCAGAGCUUAGAACUGCCACCUGCUCUCUGCCCUAACAGAUCUAGGCUGCUGUGCUUCUUCCACAGCUGGCCCCUAAAAGAUGCUGCUGUAUCACAGGGAAAAUCUAUUCUCAGAGGGUUUUCAGUCCUGUGACAGUGAAGUAGAACAGGGAGGGCUCUCCUGGAAGGCUGCCUGCGAGCAGGCGUACCAGGCCUGAGGAGGCUGGAGGAACUGCUCGUCUGCUGACGGCUAGCUGAACUCAGCAGCAGUCACUGCCGGGGUUGGUACCUGGGGUUGGUUGCUGGCUGUGUCUGUUUUCCUUCAAAAAUAUGUCCCCAGAGCAACCUUCUAGGCCAGACUAUUCUUUCCAGUCAGACAGAAAGGCGUUUGGCUGUGCUUGCAGGCUGGCAGGAGCGCACCUUGCAGAGCACGCUGUGUCCCAGGACCCAGCACGGUGGCUGGGUUAACACCUUGCCAGCACACCCGGAGAGGCUGCUGGAAACAGCCUCGUAAACAGGAGGUGGGAAGGUUAAAACGUGCCUAGAGCCACUCUGGCAGCUGCUUCCAGAGCAGGGUAAGCCUAGCUCUUGGUGUGUUGGACAAAAGAAAGAGCAAGACAGAAACUCGUGAUGCUGUUUGUGCCUGUGAUUUGCUGACCCAGGUUACAUAUUUACUAUGUUAUAUUUGUUUGGGCUUUUAAAAAUUUAUUUCCAGACAGGAGUCAAGAUUCUUACUGAGGCACAGCAUAAACAGGAUUACUUGGUAGAGUAAGGCAAAGGGCCUCUUGCUGCCAUAGCACUGGGACCAAAUGCUCCUGGUUGUUGGGGUUCUGGAGCUCCCGGGUGUGAGUCAUCUUCAGUUGGCAGAAGAGUGGCUGCAGCUGCAUGUCCUUCUGGCCAGUCCCAUUCCAGUUAAAAGUUGGACAGCUGGAAUAAUUCUGCUGGUGGCAGGUUUCUACCACUCGAAGACUACCCAUACACCACGUAGGAGUCAAGGUCCUGGCCCACAGUCAGCACUUAGACUUUGAAAUGAUCCAAACUCUGCCUAGAGUGCGUAGGGGAAAGCAGGAAUUUAGUCCUUUGGAGGCUAGGCUGUGAGUAUGCAGGAGUUGUUCAACAGCCCUUAACUUUGGCUGGUCUAAACAAAGUGUUUGUGACUAACUUUCUGCGGAGGUGUGUGGGCAGCGAGAUGCGCUUGUGAGGUUCGGCUGAAGGGCAAAAUGUUUCUAUUUUUGCAGGGUCUUGUCAGACUAUUCCUUGGCAUGGAAGCAAGGUUACUCCCCCUCUGUCUGCAGAUGGCUCCUGAGAGGGCUUCUCCUAAGUUUUUUAAACAUCUCUUUCCCGUAAAGGGUGACUGUUUUUGUUUUAUUUCUUCUCAAAUUAUAUGCCUACCAGCCUCCCUUUCCCACAGCAAGGUUUGUGUGCUGAAAUGCAGCUGUUUUGGGGAUGGAUUUGGCCGCUGCUUAACCACCUACGGAAAGAGUUUUUUAUCUGUACUUCCUACCCUGGUCUCUGUCCCCUUCAGGCUUCGGGUGAAAGUCUUUGAGGCAAAACGUUAUGGCCAAAGGUGGGGUGUUUCUUGGAUGAAUGCUCCUAGUAGCCUCUGACCCUAGAUUUUUUGAACUGAAAAAACUGAGUGCUGAAGUGUCCUUUAUUGUUUCUUGUGUAAAAUAUGGGGAACCUUUGUACGUGGAGGCUGCUAUGAUGCUAAGUGCUGCUGAUAAUUGAGCCAUCUGUUUAAGUGCCUAAAGAGUACUUCCACACCAAACUUCAGGUGUAUGGGUUUGUUGAUAAAGGCCUUGAAUGCUUCAUUACAGACAUCAAAGCGAUCCUUAAAAAAGCAGCGGGCUGGAGGGGGGAGACAGCCUUGUUUUAUAACGUCCUUUGGUUUGGAACGUGGAAGAACAAGAUGCUGCAGUUGUUGAUCCAUAACUUGCAUCUGUCCCUCAAGAGGAGAAGGCUUAAAGCCACCAGAUUCCCUGACUGACCUGCCCUCCACCCGCUGAGGUGGCUUCGGGGCAGCUGUAGCCUGGCUGUAGCUGGGGGACAGGAGUAGGUUUGGGCUCACGGUGAGGGACGGGAGUAGGUUUGGGCUCACGGCGUGUGCAGCAGGGGCUCGGGAUUAGUCAGCGCAGGUCGGGUCUCAGACCCGUCUUUCAGUGAUGGAUCAAGGUGUCUUCAGCCUCCCUGUUCUCCCGUCCCCUUCAUUGCGCUGGGUCACAAACUUGGCCCCUGCCUCUCCUUAGCAAGUCUGGUGUCUGCGUCCAGAGUGCUGGCUCUGAUCUCACUGGUCCUGGGAGAGGGCAGGCUGGGUUUGUCCAGUUUUCUCAUGAUUCAGACACGCUUCCAGGGAGGUGCCUGCAUUUACUUCAUUUACGUUCAGAAAAGCCCGCUGAGCGACUGAACUUGUCACUCUGCAGCCAGCUGCUCUUGCCCUUCGCUGCUGCAUCCCCGACGGGUGCCCGUCAUCUUGCUUUGGCCUGACCUGUGACUGGACGGACGACAGAGCUCUUUCUCUGUUCCAGCUGGGAGACACGAUCCAGUCUGAACCAGGGGCUCCUUAUGCACUUGUCCUCUGGCUGCAGUGCGCUUGUUUUAGCCCGUUCAGCAAGUAUGAGAAUGGCUGCUUGGUUAUCCACGAAGAGACUCUGAUUUCUCCCCUCCCUCUGGCACCCUUCUUCCCAGUUCUCCAGCCGGGACGGGGUGAAACCCAGCGAAUUCACUAACUGCUCCUCUCCUUCCCACCCUUCUGCCGCACCAGGAGAAGCCCCUGGGCCCUCUGCCAGCUACUGACAUGGUGGGCAGAUGGGUAUGGGAAGAAGUGUUUGCCAAGACCCAGCUAACCCUGUGUCCCGUGGGAGUUCAAGCCCAAACACAUUUGGGCUGUUUGCCCUAAGAGCAUGGCUGUCUGUUUGCAGGAGAGGAGGCUGCCACGUGCGGUCCGGCCCUGGGUGGGUGGCGGGGAGCAGCUUUCUGCGGCUGAGUUCAGCGGGAGGGAAGACAAGGCAUCAUUCUCAGAGGAGAACAGGGAGAGAUCAGGGCGAGGGAGCAGGAGGAAGAGGGGGUUCAGGGGAAACUGAGGUUUGUAGCAAUGUGAGGGGCUGGGGCUGGGCUGGCUCUGCCCUGGCAGUGGGUGCUCCUCGACGUGGUCUUGCCCUGUCCAUAAAGCACUUCGAAACCUUUCGUGCUUGCAGCCUCACGCCAGCGUGAUCCCAGCCACGUCGCCAAAGCUGGUUGCAAAGCCUGAGCUCAGGAUUUGAGCCGGGGCUGUCAGCAGCUGCCUUCCCCCAACCCGUGAAAGCUGUUGCAUUUGCUGUCAGUGCAAUGGCCCUGUCCACAAGCUCUGCUAUUACCAAAAGCCUUGCUUCCUAGUUCCGGCUGUCGCUGGGGCUGACAGGAGAGGCGUUUUCCAGAGCAUCUGGUGAGAAACUCCUUUCUGUGUAAGAUUGUCCUGUCUGGCUGACCCGGCGUGCUUCUGCUGAGGACAGCUUCUCCGCGUCGGGGUCCCACAUAGACCAGCAAGGGACGCAGGCGUGUGUGCUGAACGUAAGCGUGGCCCUUACGCGCGGUUACUGACGUGACCCGAGUGAACACAGAAGCCUCUCCAGGACUCAGGUGUACGGUACAACUGCAGGUGUCGGUACGAGCUCUCUGGACGCGGUUACUGGGAGCUUCGCUGCUUCAGGUAGUGGGUGCCCUCCUGCCGCCUUCCCGCGCUGCACCUCUCCUCGCCCUCUGUGAGACAGGGGGUGCCGGGGCUGAGGUGGGGAGCAGACGGGUGAAGGGCAAGUGUCUUUUUGAUGUGAGACUAUUGCGAAUCUCUAGGUUGGGGAAGGAUGUGGGAAGUGAUGGUGCCCCUGUGCUCGGCACUGGGGAGGCCCCACCUCGAAUGCUGGGCUCAGGUUUGGGCCCCUCGGGACAAGAAGGCCCUUGAGGGGCUGGAGCGUGUCCAGAGAAGGGCAGCGGGGCUGGGGCAGGGUCUGGAGCACAAGUGUGCUGGGGGGCGGC